AUGGCUCUCAACUUCGGCCGCUCCAUUUCUUUCCCUCUCACGCCGGCGAGGUCCUUCUCAAAGCCCCGCCACGUCCGCUCCGUCAGCCUCCCCGGCACCACCUCCUCCCACCCGCUCCUCGCCAACCUCCACGCCCACAUCGCCGCCCUCCGUUCCUGGAUCCAGCAAGAUCCUUCCUCCUCCCUCCCGGCCGGCCUCGCCGCCAUCCAGGAGCUCCACUCCUCCCUCGCCGACCUCCUCCUCCUCCCGGAGUCCGGGGCCGCGCUUCGGUGCCCUGCCAGCAACGCCGCCGACCGCCUCCUCGACGCAUUCCUCCUCCUCGCCGACGCGCACCAGGGCUUCCAGGAGUGCCUCCUGUCCCUCAGGCACGCCGCCACUGAGUCCCGCGCCGCGUUGCGCAGGGGCGACACCGGGAGGCUCGCGUCCGCUGCCCGGUCCCAGCGUCGAGCAGAGAAGGAGCUCGCCCGCCUCGCUGCGUCCAUCUUCUCCAAGAGGAACCUGGUGGCCAUUAGCGGCGAGGAGGCCGAAAUGGCCUACGCGCUCGUCGAGGCGGCGGCUGCCAGCGCCAUGGCCUCUGCAGCCGUGUUCUCAGCCGCUGCGUCUAUGUCGUCCGCGGCGUCGUCUUCCAAGAAGACGGCCACGUUUAUUCCCGCCUUCGCCAGGAGGACCGUCACCACGCCGGAGACUGCCGAGGCGACCGUGGAGAGGCUGCACGCGCUGGAGCAGUGCUUCGACGAGUGCGACGGGGCUUGCGACAUGGUGUUCAGGAGCGUGGUGCAGACCAGAGUUUCACUGCUCAACAUCAUGACGCCUACCAUCUAG